AAUAUCGGAAAUGAAUAAAGAAGCAACCCAAAAUAAAUUACCUACAUUAUUGAAUAUUGUGAUUCAUUUUCUUCAAACGUGUGAAAAAGAUUAUCAAACAAUUGUUCUUCACAAAGAUGUAAGUGAAAGUAUGAUUAAAAGCUUGAGUGGAUUAGAAAAAAUUGCCGUCGUUCUACAAAAAGAUUUACCAAUAAUUGAAUUCAAUUUUUUGCGUAAAAACAAAGUCGAUUUAUUUAUUGUCACCCUUGAAAAUUCAGUUAAGAAUCUCAACCAAAUUCUGCUUGAUCUUAAAACUUCUCUUCGAUGGGAAAUUAUGAUACCUCACUUUGUAUUGAACAAUAUAGAAAAUGGCUGUAAGGACGCAAAAGCGGUUUUAAAAAUGGUUUGGCAGCAAAAAAUACUGAAUUGUUACUAUGUAUGUUUUGAUUCUGAAGGAAAACUUUUUGUUUAUACUUUCAAUCCGUACUCAAGCCGAUCUCCUUAUCAAUGGCGAAUGGUUGAAGAAAUAUCUAAUAAAUCAAUUUACAUGGCAAUUUACAAUCGACCAUACAAUGAAGCUGACAUAUGCGAUGGUUUCAAUUUCGAUCGCACUAAGCAACAUGAUAAAACCGCAACAAAAAUUUUAGCUAAUAAAGACUUUGUAUUUAAUGACAGCUAUGAGCUCUCCAAAGCAAUAGAGGUUUUUUUUAAUGCUUCUCUUACUAAAAUUACUCUUUGGGAUUGCGAUCCAAGUCUAGAAGAAUAUCGUUCUCAAAAAAGAACAACUGACUUCGUAAUGUGCCUGCAAAAUUACGAUAGAAUAACAAAAUUGGACAAUUUGGCAGCCACCUAUCCAAUAUCUAUCAAUGGCCAUUACAUCUUUUCAAACAAUCAAAGAUACCUCUCUCCCUUAGAGAAAAAGUACAAUUCUUUUGGGAUUAAUAUUAUUAUAAUAACACUUUUGCUAUCAAUCAUAAUUUAUGUAGUAAUUUUGAACAUGACUUCCUUCCGAAGCUAUUCAUUUCCCAUCGUUGAAAUACUCCGCUUGUGGGCUGGAUUUUCGCUGAACACCAAAGUAAAAACUCUACCCCUGCGGAUUUUCUUUACACCAGUAUUUUUGUUCUUUUUGGUUAUGCAAAGCACGCUUCAAGGAGAUCUAGCAGAAUUUCUUUCGAAAACCGAACUACGAGAAAAUGCCGACUCAGUAACGGACAUACAACGUGAUUAUUAUAAGGAAGUUUUGAUCGUCGAUUACAUGUUGUCGAAUAAGCUAACUUUUGAAACAAUAAAGUCCAAAGUUAUAAAUUCAAAUGAAUCAUACUGUGUAGAGACAGUUAUUGAAGACGAAUCAACCGCCUGUCUGAUAGCGGAUCAUGAUCUAAUGUCUAUACUAAAAACCAAAAUUAAUUCUACAAUUUAUCUGCAAAAUUUCUAUGUGUCUAAAUAUCCUUUAGACGCUAAGAAUUUUGUGUAUUGCGCUCGGCGCGAUUGGCCGCUAAGAGAAAAAUUUGAUAUAUUCCUUAUGCAUUUGGAAAGUUUUGGAAUCAAUCGUAAAUUACUUGAAGGUACACGUUUUCACUUGAGAAUCAAAUCUAAUUUACAGAAAUCGAGAUACGUAUUGAGUUAUCAACAAAUUUCUUUUGAUUCACUAUCAUUUGUAUUUUUCUGUUGGACUAUGGGAAUGAUUUGCAGCAUUCUUAGUUUUAUUUUCGAAACAUGUAUUUUGUCUAAUAGAUGUUUCUUUAAAUUGAGUCUUGUUGAUAAGAACAAGAUAGUAGUUGAAGAUAAAAAGCUGAAGAUAUUUUAUGGAAAUAAUAAGCAAAAAGUAUUGUAUUUUAGAGAUGAUCGAAAAAUUACGAACAAUAUAAAAAAUCGAAUGAUAGUCAUCAAAAGAAGCCCUCAUUGCGGCAUUGAACAUAUUUAAUGGUUAUAACGUUUAGUUGAAACAAAUGUAAUCUAUAAUAUUAAGAGAAUAAGCAAAAUUUUGU